AUUUGGGUAGCAACGGAUUGAAUAACUGGCCAGGCUGAUAAAAUAACAGAGGCAGAGGUCAAUGCCGAAAAUAACGAGGUCUAUAAAAGAUUGCGCUAUUUAUUGUGCACAUCACUUAUCUCCCAGAAACCGGACAAAACAGUCAUUCAAGAUGGCCUGGUCCGGAAUAUGGACUGCGGUUAUUUUCCUCUUCCUGCAAACCUCGGUGAAGUCUGAAAAAUGCCACUUAACUGGAGAGGAAUUUGAUUCAAUUUUCCCUUCCUCAACCCCAUCAAAUUGGAAGUCAUAUAUUGAAUCUGCAAAGCAGGUGAAGCCCGAUUGCUUGACCUAUGUGAAACCAGCACUCAACAACUUCGUCAAGCUGUCAGCCUGCGCGAGAAUUGUCGAUCCUGACGAAGCAGUGGACGAAGCAAUUCUGGACAGCAGAGUCACCGCCUUCCUGAAAUCCUUCGAAACGCUGAAAAGCAACGUAGAUGCCGAGACACUGAAGCUUUUAAAUGAUUACGAGAAAAAGAACGAUUUUAAAAAUACAAAAACUCAAUAUCUCAAAAUAAAGCAAGGAAAAGCGUACCCUACGUUGAGGAAAAUCUUCAAGGGCGAAACUUCAGAAGCUGUCAACGAGACAGAGUCACUACAAGAUCCGUGGGCGCACGUUGACGAUGUCAUUUCUCGUGGCUUCGAUCCGCAGAACACGACAUAUCUGAAGUAUCUGAUCGAUUAUGCGUACGAGAUGAGAAAUGUUUCCACCUCAGUCAAAGCGUACACUCUGAUUUUCAACAAAAUGAAAGAACAAAAUCUGGAAAAAUCUAACGAAAUUGUUCUCCUUGCCAAAUACAUCGACGAAGACAUAAAAAGCGAUGCAUUUAGUUCGGUGGAUGACGAUAUCAAAGAGCAGUACAAAUCUCUGGCAAAGAAAAUUCUCCCCAACAAUAACAAUUUUGUGAAACUUCUUACAACAGAGAUUUCCUCCAACCAAUUCGCCACUCUGAAACUCGUAACUGAAAAUCUGCUUUAUACCGUGGUCAACUUCAUCCUCCCCGAAGUUGUGGAACAAAUGCUGCACCCGGACGUUCUGAAGAAGGCCGCCGACGUCUUUCAGCUGAUCGGCCAGCUGCCGUCACUGGACAACGACUGCGUUGCUGCCGACGCCCUGUACCACCAACUCAGCAGAACGAACAACCACGAAUCCUUUGAAGCUUUCAACCUGUGGCUGUACUUGAAACAUGUAGUUGAUGAUAACGCCGAGAAUUUCGCCAACGUUGACGAGGAAAACAGGCUCAAAUGCACGUACGUCAAGGACGCAUUGACGAGCAGCUCUAAGAAGCAUCUCGAGAGGUACACUCAGCUUGUUCAGCACAAGGAGUGGCGCACCCUGACGUAUUGGCACACGGCUUACAACGAGACUAUCCGCUGGAUUCUGCGCGACGUGGUUCAAAAAAUUGACGACCCUGACUUGAUUCUCGAGUUUAUUGAAAUUCUGCCGUUCCUGGAGGAAAACUGUAUCGUUUUCGAACCACUGGUUGAGAAACUUCCCGCCGACUACAAUUCUCUGAAAUUGUUUGCACUUUUGAGGGACACGAUCACAGUUGGUGAGGCCAAUGAUUUAGGUGAAGUCUUUCAUAAAAAAUGUCUGAAGGCCAAGGCUGCCUCUCCUGAUUGGGUUCGAAGCCUGCUUUGGAAGGACACAUCUAAAUGCAGAGUGAUCAACGCCAAGAACGGAGAACCUUUGGUCGCCACAAACGCCACGAUCAACAAUUCAGACCAGGCUGGCACCGAAGAAAUCUACACCUUGACGUCCGAGGGCUACGGCACCAAGUGGAACGUGACGAUUGACAAGGACGGCGACGUCUACUUUGAAAACAACUACAACGACGGCUCGUAUCUGUUUUUCAAAAAGGAUGCAGCGAGACCGAUUGGCAGCAAAUCAUCGGGGUCAGAAGACGGAACUUUCCAGUGGAAUUUAGAAAGGUCUGCAAAGGGUUUCUUCCAUAUUGCUGCCGAAAACAAGGACAAAACUAAAAAAUAUCUUUCUCUGGGUACGAAAACCAUUGCUCCCAACUACAGGAUUGUAGAGCUGACUAAUUCAAUCAGCGUUGAUGGCAGUGAAUGGAAGAUUGAAUGUUAAUUAAUCUAUGAAUCCAUUGCAUUUUGGCUAAUUGGAAUAAAAGAUCUGGACCUGCAA